AGACCAAGCAACGAGGGGCGAAGUGUGGACACUGCUCAACCUGCAAAACUCAUUCUCACAACUAUAACUGCACUCCAAUGUUUUUUAUGGCUCUAUGAUGCAAGCAGCUUCUGUGACUCGACAGAGACAUGGAUUCCUUUGAGGGGAUUCACAGUGUUCAGAUUUCCUCGUCACCUCCUUCCCCAGUUUCCUCAAGCCCAAGUUAUGAAGUCUUGAGAUCUGGAAGAUCAGGAAUUGCUGUCUAUUCUUCUGCCGUCUUCUUUGGGACACAUGGAGCUACAAAAUACACGUCAACCAGGAGGGCUGAGGAAGUCUGUGCUGUUGGACAACUGGUCAAUCUGGAUCCUGAGCCUGAGCACCACCUGGAGGGAGUAGGCAGGGACCAUGGGGACACAGACCUGUCCCGACUCCGCAGCGCCUCAUUGGAAAUCAGAGAGAAAGAAAUCCGAGAAAAGGGCUCCGAGAUCCUCAGGGAGCAGCUGGAUGCGGCAAAGAGGGAACUGAAACUCAAAGACAAGGAGUGUGAGCGUUUGUCUCAAGUCAGGGAUCAGCUGGAGCAGGAGCUGGAAGAGCUGACGGCCAGUCUUUUUGAGGAAGCACAUAAAAUGGUCCGAGAUGCCAAUGUGAAACAAGCAGCUGCAGAGAAACAGUUAAAGGAGGCACAGGGGAAGAUUGAUGUUCUCCAAGCAGAAGUCACUGCUCUGAAGGCUCUGGUUUUGACUUCGACCCCAGCUUCACCCAAUCGUCAGCUCCACCCGCAGCUACAGUCGUCCGGUACCAGAGGAGCAUAUAAACAUAUUGGUCACAACAGAAACAAAAGCACAGGUGGUGUCCUUCCACAAACAAAUGGGAAAACCGACUCACCAGCCAUUUCUAUUCAGCCCACCCCUAAAGAAGACACAGAGAUGGACUCAGUUUUAUUUGCUGAGUUUUUGAUGUGGAAAGAGCAUCCAAGUUUGGAGCGAUCCUCUGCAUUUUUGAGUCGGAUUUACAAAGAAGACAUUGGCCCCUGUCUCUCCUUCACAAGAUCUGAGUUAUCUCAGAUGGUGCAAAGUGCAGUGGAAAACAAUUCUCUAACUAUUGAGCCAGUUGCCAUGUCAGCAUUACCGAUGGUUAAGGCUUCUGCGCUGGAGUGCGGAGGCCCUAAUUGCUUUAGGGCAGCAAUAGAGACGAAAUGUGCCUUAAGUGGCUUGCCCCGAAUGUGCAGACACCGCAUCAAACUUGGCGACAAAGAAAACUACUAUUAUAUCUCUCCUUCAAGUCGAGCAAGGAUUACAGCUGUUUGUAACUUUUUCACUUACCUCCGCUACAUCCAGCAGGGCCUGGUUAGACAUAAUGCGGAGCAAAUGUUUUGGGAGUUGAUGCGACUUCGAAAAGAGAUGACCGUGGCAAAACUGGGUUUCUACGUGACAGACCAAGGGUAAAGUACCUUUACCAAAAGACAUGAACAUGAGGACAUCUUGAGCCCAACAACUAUGGUAACGAGCCCUGGAUCUGUAGCCAAGUGCUGUAGCAAAAAAACAUCAAGGGAAAUGUAUACCAUCACUGGAUAUACUUGGAAGAAAAAUGGUAAAAAAAAAAAAUCAGCCAGCUUAAUCUUUGUGUUGAAAAAAGUCAUGGAUUCAAGAUCAUUAUGACUUUGACCUGCAGACCACACAGGACAUUGUGCUGUAGGUAUUGUUUAACCACCGUCUCUCCUGCUCUGGACCCAUUUGUGACAACAUCAAAAGAUGAUCACGUAUUAAUACAAGUUAUAAAAGUAAUAUUGUCAAUCAUCCAAUUUAAAUGCAGUAAAAAAUUAUUAAAUUAUAAUUAAAAGCCAUGACAAUGCAAGAAUGCAGUAUAGGCCUAUAGCCAUACAUGAACGUUUAUUAUUUGUACCUCACAGUAUAAAUGUAUCAUAUUAAUGUCAUCAUAUAUAAAAUUGUAAAUAUGAAGUAUUUUAUUUUAAGUGCAAUAGCCAUUUCUUAGCCUGGAUUAGACGUGUAGUACUCUAGCCUCAGUGUACUGGUUACAUGUUGUGUAAUAGUAGUUUAAACACUCCAUUAAAACAAGCUGUGCUACCA